AUGCCGAAACAAGAAGCCACCAUACUGAUUUCCACGGUGGCUCUAAAGUUGACAUUAGUACUAGCAGCAUGUAAGGUUCCUGUUUGUGCACACCCUCAUGUCUGCCCUCGAUUACAUGGACAUAAUUGGCCGUACAGUGCUUUCGACCCCAACGAGAUCAAAGUCGUGUACCUGAGGUGCACCGGAGGUGAGGUCGGCGCCACAUCCGCCUUGGCCCCUAAGAUCGGCCCCCUGGGUCUGUCUCCGAAAAAAGUUGGUGAUGAUAUUGCCAAGGCAACCGGUGACUGGAAAGGCCUGAGGAUUACAGUGAAACUGACCAUCCAGAACAGACAGGCCCAGAUUGAUGUGGUGCCCUCUGCCUCUGCCCUGAUCAUCAAAGCCCUCAAGGAGCCACCAAGAGACAGGAAGAAGCAGAAGAACAUUAAACACAGCGGAAAUAUCACUUUCGACGAGAUCGUCAACAUUGCCCGGCAGAUGCGACACAGGUCUUUAGCCAGAGAACUUUCUGGAACUAUUAAAGAGAUCCUGGGUACUGCACAGUCUGUGGGCUGCAAUGUGGAUGGGCGCCACCCUCAUGACAUCAUUGAUGACAUCAACAGUGGUGCUGUGGAAUGUCCAGCUAGCUAAGAAGCAACAAGAGAAAAUAUUUCAAUAAAAGACCAUCUGAUAA